AAAGUAUAAAAGAUAGGACUCCUCAUUGACUCUCUAAGUUCUGAAAGUGAAUAUUUGACAAAAGAUUCAUCAUGGCAGUCAUGAGAGCUCUUGUGCUUCUUUUCUUGGUCUUUUCUGUUGAGAGUGCACCAGCUCAUGAAUGUCAUCAUGGAUGGACACCUUUUGGUAUGCAUUGCUACAAGUUCUUCUCUCAGUCAGUUGACUGGAUCACAGCUGAGAAAAACUGUCAAUCUGUUGAUGCAAAUCUUGUAUCUGUGCGCAGUACAGUGGAAAACGACUUUCUCCUGAGUCUGUUGCCUGCUGAAACAAGUGCUUGGAUUGGUGGCCAUGAUGGUGAAGUGGAUGGACAAUGGCUGUGGGCUGAUGGAUCUCAAUUUGACUUUAACAACUGGUGCCCUAAAGAACCUAACAAUGACCAGGGUAAACCUGAGAACUGCCUGGAGAUAAACCUUUCCACUAAGCGUUGCUGGAAUGAUGAGUCCUGUUCAACCAAAAUGGGCUACAUUUGUGCCUAACCUCUGAGAAUAGAUCAUGAAAAAUCUGUUUCAAAACUAUGACCUUACUACAUGCC